GAAAGAGAGCGGGUAGAAGCAUCCCGGGAGCCAGCGUACAGUACGUAGGCAGGGCAAACAGCAUGCUUAGCCGAUGCACAAAGUACCUAAAGUACCGCACGCACCCUCGUACGCGGUACCCGGCACGACACGGCCUGCCCAGCCCAGCCCACGGGGCGCGCCAUCUCCACGUGGCCGCCCCUCCGAUAAUCCCCUGGAAGCGAAAUCGAAGCACCGAAGAAUCUUCCCCCCUGCGUUCUGGACGGGCUGCGUGUCUGCCCUGGGCAUCUCACCUCAUCGACUGGGAUGUACUACAUACGUAGGUAUGUAGCUAGCCAUGACUGUGCCGCGCGGGUGGUUGGCGGUGCUGGCGGUGGGGC